AAUUUCAAUUGUCAGCGAGGAGGUAGAAAUUUACUAACAUGGUCUAUUAUGAUUCCAGGGGCAGUCCUAGGUCCAACUUUUCUUCUUGUAGUUGUCAUUGCAAUAUAUCAUGGCUACAGAUCAAACAAAAUGAAGAAAGCAGAUCAAGUAAAGAUUGACAAAUUUUUGGAGGAUUACAAAGCUCUCAAGCCUGCAAGAUAUUCCUUUGUAGAUAUCAAGAAAAUAACAAAUCAAUUUCAUGACAAAGUAGGCCAAGGAGGUUACGGAAUAGUGUACAAGGGCAAGCUUUCCAAUGAUGUUCAUGUCACGGUCAAGAUCCUCAACAAUGUGAAAGGAAAUGGAGAUGAGUUCAUCAAUGAAGUGGAAACAAUGGGUAGAAUCCACUAUAUCAACGUGGUUCGCUUGGUGGGAUAUUGUGCUGACGGAUUCAGAAGAGCUCUUCUUUAUGAGUUCUUACCAAACAAUUCGCUUGAAAAGUUUAUAUCCACUGAGAAAGAGAAGAAUUCACUUGGUUGGGAGAAGUUGCAUGACAUUGCUCUUAGCAUAGCUAAAGGAAUUGAAUAUCUUCACCUAGGGUGUGAUCAACGAAUCCUGCACUUCGAUAUUAAGCCUCACAAUGUCUUGUUAGAUAAUAAGUUUACCCUGAAGAUCUCUGAUUUUGGUCUAGCAAAAUUGUGUUCAAAGGAACAAAGUGCUGUUUCCAUGACUACUGCUAGAGAGACUGUGGGUUACAUUGCACCCGAAGUGUUCUCCAGGAACUUUGGGAACGUGUCAUACAAAUCAGAUGUUUAUAGUUUUGGGAUGUUGUUGCUAGAUAUGGUUGGAGGGAGGAAAAAUACGGUAGCACAAAACACGAGUGAGUGUUAUUUUCCGGAAUGGAUAUACAAACGUUUGGAUCAAGGAGAAGAUCUAGGAAUACAAAUUGAGGAAGACGGGGAUGCGGAAAUUAUAAGGAAACUAACAAUUGUGGGACUUUGGUGCAUACAAUGGUACUCAGUGGAUCGACCAUCGAUGAAAGUUGUGGUACAAAUGUUGGAAGGAAAUGGAGAGACUCUAACAGUCCCCCACAGUCCAUUUGCCUCCACAAAUCCAAUGCCAACGAGGGGAACAACAGGUGGGAGCACUUUUAAUAGUGAGUUAGAAGUAAUUUCUAAAUCUGAAUGAGAGAAUGAAUUAGUAAUAUUUUUCUAAGAAGUUGUUGACUAUAUAAUAGGAAUUAAUCUUAUUGUUCUCACCAAUGAGUGUAUAAUUAAUUGUUUAUCAAUGUAUUACUAUGGCCUUUCAAUACUACAUCUUGUGCAUUGCCUUUGUA